AUUGAACUGAUAAGAAUUAAUUUUGAUGUUUCGACAGAAGAAUAAAAUCCUACUGGCGAUUGGUUCGGCUUGCAACCGCACUCAGCGGCGUUAGUUGAUCUGGGCAGCCUCGGUUAGUUAGAUCGGUCAGGUUCGGUGGAUUUUGAUCAGCAUGGAGAAGCAAUUGGUUCGAUUCGUAAAAUUUCAUGGUUAUUUGUUUUUCUGUUGUGCUCUGUACUUUGCCCUCCGCGAACUGUGGCUGCUUACCGUAGAUGCACUGUACUCGAACCAUCGUUACUGGAACGAUGAUCAAGAUUUUCUCACCAGGAGCUACCCAACGGUACGAUGGAUCUUUGCCCUACUCUGGUUGGUAGCACUUGCCGUCAUGUACUCCGGGUUGCGAUGGGAGGAUCAUGAUUAUCUUCGACCUGCCAAGUAUUUGUUUUCGAUCGAGAUCCUAAUUGCGUUGAUUCAGGAUUUCUUUCUGACGAUCAAUAACGAUCCCAGCGAACGACUCAUCCAGAAUGCCGAGUAUUUGUUUUUCUUUUGCGUGAUCGUUAUCUAUGUGAUGUACACGUUCAAAGCACUGGCAACACUGUUCGGCAAACUAAGUGCCAGGGUUGUUAACAGUCCAAGCAAAACGCACAUUGUAUGUUGUGAGGCAUCUAUGUUGUGACCUGAUAAGACUUGUGGUUUAAACUAUUUUUACACCGCUGUAUGGCAACAAAGUUGCAACUCAUUAUAGCAAAAUAAACGAAUCAAAACUAAA